AUGGCAGGGGAGAAAGAAGACAGAGCCGAUUCUUCAGACGAGGUGGAGGAUGGCGAUGGCGAUGACGAUGGAGCCAACUAUGCGUACGUGACUGGUGAGGAAGGCCAGUGGGUACAGGAUGAGUCUGGGGACCGACCAAUCGUUGGCGCGUCUGGCAGUCAUGGGACCGCUCCGCCCGAACCACUCAGAGAUCAUUACUAUUCUUCUGAUCUUCAUCGGAUGCAUACGAAACCGGACGGUUCGCGGUCUGAUGACCGUGAUCGGCAGUACGGCAACAACAAUCGUGGUUCUAAUUCGGGCGAGCAAGACAGUCAUAGGUACUUCGAGACGGCGUCGGAACCACGACCGUCCAUCAUACCGAGGCAACAGGAGCCGUUCGCCUCGAGAUUGAUACCUACUAUGGUCGUGAUUGAGGCCGGCAUUUCGACGACGGCAGAGCCAAGAGGAGAAGAGAUAAGGACGGCAUUUUCAAUGCAUCCGACCGCAAGACCAAUGCUGUGA